GUUUCUAAUGAAGAGAUGCUUGGAACUGUUCUUCGUAAAUCAUUCGAAAGACAUUCAAAUUUUAGACGUCAGCAAUUGUUCGGACGAGAUACCCGAUGACGUGUGGUUAAAAUGCGUGAUAAGAUUUAAAUACGUUCAAUCACUCCGUAUAGUGAACACAGAACUGGAAUAUGACUUAGUGAUUGAUAUUUUAAUCAGACUUCCUCAUCUGCAAGAGCUGAUUUUAACCACGCAUCAAACGCUUUUACUGAAAACUGAAGAAAGAUAUGACUACACAUUAAACAAGGAUCUUAUAAACUCCAAACUUUUAUUGAUGGCAGAAAAACUGGACCGAAAUCCGCUGAAAAAAUUAAGUAAAAUGCAGAUAUCAAUUGAUAAUUCUUACUGUAGUUAUUGUUUCUUGCAUCUAUUGUUGUUAUACCUCCCAAAUAUAGAAUAUAUCCACAUUCAUCUGGUGAAUUAUCUUCUUGAAAACAAAGAUGAUUCAAGAUUCUAUUUGCCAGUUCUGAGUAAUGCAACGUUUUAUUGGAAACUAAACUUAAAUAAAUUGGUUAGCAUCAUCUUAACCGAAGAUAAUUAUACCGAUGACGAUUACACGAAUAAAAUGAAAAUGGAGAAUGAUUACACCUUAUUGAAAUGGAUUCUGGAAGGGCGAAUGCAAGACGUUCCUUUGAAUGAUUACUGGAUGGCGCCUGAAAUCGCGGACAGAUUUGCUGUACAAAAGAAAAAGGAGGAAAACAUUUUACGUUCAAGUUUCCUGAAUAAUUUAUGUUCGGCUGAUUCGAAUUAUUUCAUCGACGAAGGCAUGAAAUAUGGAAUAGUCGAGGAACAUUCGGAAGCGAAAUACGUCAGUUACAGAGAUUCUAAAUUCGAAAAUGAAGAUUUAGAAAAUUUCCUGAAAUUCGCCACUAAAAGUUUGCAAUAUCUUUGCUUCAACAAAGUGAAUUUUACUAGAGAUAAAUUGAUAGUCAAUAGAUUUAAUAAAUUACUCGCCUCUUGUUUUCUUAUAAAAGAAUUAAAUCUAAUCAGCUGCCAUAUUGGAUUAUGUCGUCACUUAUUCAAUGGAAUCAGUAAAUUAAGAGGAUUGCAACGCCUCGCGUUACCCGCCUGUUCGGAAGUUAGCAAGUGCUGUAUUUCGAAAACUAGGAAUAAUAUCACCGUUAAAUCCUCUAGUAGUGAUUCACUGCUCGUGUCCAUCGCCAAGAAAUGUCAUCAACUGUCCGAAUUAGAGAUUUAUGGGUGCGGUGUAUGCAAAAGCCAUGAAAAUUCAGAAUUGUGCUGGGAUACACAUCUGUCGGCUUUAUCCAAGAUGGGCAGAUUGACGUCUUUAACAUUAGUGAAUAUUCCUCAAAUAAGAGCAGCUCGUUUCCUGAAGGAUAUCGCAGUUAAUUGCCUAAAUAUCAAAAGUUUACGGAUUCAUAAUCUGGGAAAAUGUAAUUACUUGGAAUCCCUCUUCUGCUUUUUAAUGACGGCACCAAAUUUGGUGCAUUUCAGACUCGGUCAAAGUGAUAUCGAUUUAUCAGACUCGCGACUGUGGCAAGCGUUGAGCAAAGCAAAAAGGUUACAAGAGUUACGUGUUCUGUCAAAUAGGAAAACAACUGUACAGGGUGGUGAAAUUGUGGAAGCAUUGACAGAGCUCUCUAGUUUUUACGUUUUUCAUAUUCAUGCACCUGUUAAAAUUCAAAAGUACAGAAGAAUUUUAUCUUGGGCCGUAAAGAGAAAAGAGAAGAGUGGAAUAGACGUAGACAUUAAUCGAAGUGGAUACAAAUGGGUCGAUGACGACAUAAAUCUUUUAUUGAAGUUGCAGAAUGAAUGUCGAAAGUGUUUUACAUUCACUAAUAAUAGUUACCCAAAACACAAACUAAUGUCGAGUUGUUAGUUAAAUCCAGAAUAUUAUUAAUAUUGAAAAAAGAAGGCACUAGGUGGUAUUUUAUGUGGUUCCGGUCGUAAAGUUCAAAGUGCUGGAGUCACUUUAAGUGUUUUUGAGCCACCGAGUUAAUUUCUUUACACGGUAUGGAUCAUACGGAUACGGAUGCUAAAUACAGUGUAAUCAUAAACAGUUUAUAUUCAGAGCUCACCGUAAAAAAAACUACUAGGUAAAGCCAAAAUUUGGUUCAUAUUAGACAAAUUAUUUUUUCUACAGAGACAUUGAGAGAGAGAGAGAAAACGUACUUCUUUAAAUGCAGUGAAAGAAUAAUAAUAAUAAUAAUUAAAAGCGAGAUAAAGUAAUAAAA